CCAGGAAGCUCCAUUAAUGACCUCAUCAGGGUAAGAUGUGUCUUACUUCUACCACCUCUCUUCAUAUCAUAUGGGCUUCGGCUAGAUGCCAUGUUGGGAACGCAUCCGGGCAGCUCCCUCAUUUGUUAUCUUUUGGGUUUAUUUGAUCAUAGUUUAGUAAACUUUUUAAUCACCUAACUUAUGUUAAGCCUAUUUAUUCCCGGAUCUCAGAAUUCACGAUAAUGCACAUCUGCUCCUUGUAGGACUGUUGUGUGUGUGUGUGUUCCGUAUUUCUUGCUUGUAUAUGUUGUGGUGCCAUGCAUGUUGUUGAUCACGGAGCCGUGUCAGUGUAUUUCAGGUGUCAUCAUCAUGCCAAGACGGAUGCUAAUACCUCACAAGUCUGUUUUCUCUUACUCCCGGCCUCCAAAGUGGCUGAAUGGUCCCUGUACUAUGAACUCAGCCGCAAGUGGUUACCGGGUCUUCUCUGCUAACUCCAGUCCUGCCUGCGUGGAACUGGCCAAGAGAAUCACCGAGCGGCUGGGAAUAGAACUUGGGAAAGCGGUUGUCUACCAGGAGACCAAUGGAGAAACCAGAGUGGAGAUCCAGGAAUCUGUGCGUGGGCAGGAUAUAUUUAUCAUACAGACCAUCCCAAGGGACGUGAACACCGCAGUGAUGGAGCUGCUGAUCAUGACGUACGCUCUUAGGACGUCCUGCGCCAAGAACAUCAUCGGGGUCAUCCCGUAUUUUCCUUACAGUAAACAGUGUAAAAUGCGCAAGAGGGGGUCUAUCGUAUGCAAACUGAUGGCCUCCAUGCUUUCCAAUGCUGGACUCACUCACAUCAUCACAAUGGACCUGCAUCAAAAAGAGAUCCAGGGCUUCUUCAACUUUCCAGUGGACAACCUCCGAGGGUCGCCAUUCCUGCUCCAGUACAUACAAGAGGAGAUUCAAGAUUACAGAAAUGCAGUGAUAGUGGCAAAGUCUCCAGAUGCGGCAAAGAGGGCACAGUCCUAUGCCGAGCGGCUGCGUCUGGGACUUGCUGUGAUCCACGGGGAGCCACAAUGUUCAGAACACGAUAUGGUGGAUGGGCGUCACUCUCCACCCACUAUGAAGAAUACCACGGUGCACCCCGGGCUGGGGAUCCCCUUGAUGAUAGCCAAGGAAAAGCCGCCGAUCAGCGUGGUGGGAGAUGUGGGUGGACGCAUCGCCAUCAUAGUGGAUGACAUCAUUGAUGAAGUGGAGAGCUUCGUGGCUGCCGCGGAGAUUCUUAAGGAACGUGGCGCAUACAAGAUUUUUGUGAUGGCCACUCAUGGUAUCUUGUCUGCCGAUGCCCCCAACCUUAUUGAAGAUUCUUCUAUCGAUGAGGUUGUGGUGACAAACACCGUCCCCCAUGAGGUGCAGAAACUCCAGUGCUCAAAGAUCAAGACGGUGGACAUCAGUCUGAUUCUGUCAGAGGCGAUCCGUCGGAUCCACAACGGAGAGUCCAUGUCCUACCUUUUCCGCAACAUUGCCAUGGACGAUUGAAGGGUUCCCACCCUUCAGCCAUGCGCUGGAUACGUGCCAGUCUCGAGUGGGUGAAGAAGCUCCGCGUGCGGAGAAAAGGGCAGACAUCGAUUGAGGAAUCCCGUCCUUUUUUUCUUUUUGCAUUCACACUACAGGCACUGCCACUUUACUGUUGGGGAUGAGGGGAACCCUGGAUGAGAACGGGGCACACCUGAAUUGGGGCUUUGAAAGGAUUUGCAGCUUGGGUUGUAAAUUUCCCUUCAGUCCAUUAAGAACUGGAUGCAUUAACCUUUUAGUUUUUCCUUUCGGAUGCAGACAAUCUGAGCCUUUCAAUAACCACGACGGUGACGUUGCUGCACCAGAACGAAACAGCGUUAACCGCAGAAGCAAUACAGACCGGCAGCACAGACUGCGGAUGCCAUGUACACGUGUGUCAAUGUAUACAUGUAUGACACAUGCUGCACAUUCACAUGCAUUCAAUACAUACAAACAUGAAGAAUCGGGGGGCUACUGUUGUGGCUGGCUAAGUUGUUUCUGUAAUGUCAAGGUCUGCCCAGCCUCAGGAUGGCACUGCCACUAUGCUGGGCAGCGGUCAUGUCAUUGACAGCGUGAGCAUGCACAUGAUACAAACAUGUAUUCAUUUACUUAACGCAUUGUGGUUUGCGUGUAAACCAUCUAUACAGUCUAUGGCGUGUGUCUGCUUACGCAAAUGUGCAUGAAUAUGAAUCAAAAAAAAAAAAAUGGGAAAAAAGUCAAUAUUCCAGUGCAAAUGUCCAGUUGGCCGUGCUGUUAGAUCAUCAAGAGCUUCAUAAUAGUAAUCAUUAUUAAUGGGGCCUUUUAAUUGAGGACCCCCAGCAGUUAAGAGAAUAAAGGGGCUGCAUAAACAAUGAAGAUGCCAUACGGCCUAUCUGUGAGGGACCCUAAAUUUGGUUUCUCACCCUUCCGACAUUAAAGCAGUUUUCUGGUAUUAUCCUAUUGAUGACCUGUCUUCAGGAUAGGUCAUCAGUAUGAGAUUGGCGGAGGUCUGAUUCCCGGGACCCCCACCGAUCAGCCAUUUGAGGAGACCAUGUCGCCACGGCAUCUUGCCGUACAUUGUAUAGCGGCCCUGCUUGGUAUCACAGCUCAGCCCUAUUCACUCGAAUGGGACUGAGCUGCGCCUAGGCCACGUGAGCAAGGAACGUGGCCGCAGCGCUCACCGGCUCCUUCGAAUAGCUGAUCGGCAGGGGUCCCGGGAGUCUGACCCCCCCCCCCGAAUAUCUCAUAUUGAUGAUAGGUCAUCAAUAUGAUAAUCCUGGAAAGCUCCUUUAAUGACCUGUCCUUAGGAUAGGGAAUCAAUGAUCACUUCUGGAACUAGUACUAAGAGCAAGAAACAUCUAUCGGUUAUUAUUUUCUCCCUCUUUAGUGGGGGUCUUCAAAUCUAAUGGGCUGUUCACAUCACUUUUUUGUCCCACAUUUAACAUAUACGGAGGGGGGGAGGGACGGAUGCAAGAUUGUAGCGUACUACAUACACUCUUCCAUCCUGCAGAGGCCAGCUAAAAACGGUAUAUGUUAAAUGGAUAUUUUUAGUGAGACAAAAACGUGAUAUCCUCAGGAUAUGCCAUAAAUGUCUGAUAGAUGCCGGUCUUCUCUCUGGGACCCGCGCCUAUCACCGCUGAGACUGGAGAGGUGGACGUGCAUGCAUGAGUCUCUCCAUUCAUUUUUAUGGAAAUACCAAAAACAGGUGAGCAAUCCCUUAAAGGGGUUCACCAGGGUUUUAUAUGGAUGGCCUGUCCUUGAGAUAGGUCAUCCCUAGAAGAGCGGUGGUUGUCCUACUCUCAGCACCCAUGAUGAUCAGCUGUUAUUCAGACACCGCUCUCCAUGGUGUAGUGAACGGAGCUGGUUACUACUACUCCCAUUCACUUUAUUGGAAGCCGCGCUGCAGUAACGAACUCCAGAGGCCAGAACAGCUGCUCAACAGGACUGGCCAGUCAGCACCCAUCCCCUCUGAUAUUGAUGACCUAUCCUACAGAGAACCCCUUUAAGGUCUAAGGGCCUAUUCACACUUUUGCAGUGUACAUCAGAGUCUACCCCUUACACAUACCCGUGGCAUAUGUCACCCAAAGGCUCCCAAACUGUAAAUCGCCCUAUACGUUUUUUUUUUACUAGGUACGUUGGCAUAGUUUGCCAUGCA